AUGGAGAAUGUCGGUGACCACAUCGGAGAACUUCAUGCCUUGGAUUACGCUCGAUCGGAGAGAGUGCGAAAGCGAUGUGAGGAUAUUGUGAAAGACAAGGCAACGGCGGAGAGCCUCAAAGCAUGGUAUCCUGGCUGGUGCAAGCGACCCACUUUCCAUGAUGAGUACUUGCAAUCAUUCAACAAGCCUAACGUCCAUCUGAUUGACACCGCGGGCAAAGGCAUCUCACGCCUCGCGGCUGAGGGGCCUGAAGUUGAUGGCAAGGUCUACGACGUGGAUGUUAUCAUCUGGGGCACCGGCUUCGUGUCUCCUUACGUCGGGUCGGCAGCCGGCAAAGCUUCGGUGCAGGUCCAGGGCAGAGAUGGCGUUUCGCUUGAGGAUCGUCAAGGCACCGGAGAUCUCUUGACUCUGCACGGGUCAGUCAGUCGCGACUUCCCGAACAUGUUCUGGCCUGGUCCCUUGCAGACAGGAGUGUCGUCGAACUUUGUGUUCACCCUAGAGGUAAUGUCAAUCCACAUUGCUCACAUCAUCCGUACAGCACACGAUCGCCUUCCCGCAGGCCAGAACCCAGUGAUUGAGCCCACAGCUGAAAGCCAAGAGGAGUGGGCGAAUCGUGUGGCAGCAACCGCCAUUGCUAUGGCCGGCAUGGCUGGCUGCACACCCAGCUACAUGAAUAACGAAGGUGCGACCGACAGGAUUCCACCAGAGAUGCAGGCCAAGGCCGCCAGAGGUAGUAUCUGGGGUAGGGGGAUCGAGGACUUCUGUGCUGAGCUCGAGAAGUGGAGGCAAGAGGGCAGUCUGAGAGGUCUGGAGAUUACUGCUUAG